AUGGUUGGACCACCGAGCACUCUGAGCUCGUCUGCGACGACGACUCAGAAGUCAUUUUAUACCCAGCAGUCGACCCCGUAUAACACGAAUGGCACGAAAACUCCUUCAGAUCGAGAUGGCCUACAACCAGGCGCGCUCGCGAAUGGCGCCCGUUCAAAUUCCAGCUUGUCGUUUGGGCCCCGCGGCUCAUCACUUGCUCCUUCCCCAGUAGCACCUGGCAGCUUUAGUUCAAACAUGCGAAAUCAGCUUGCACCUUCGAGAACCGGCUCCGGACAAGACAUCAAUGCCUCGAUGGUGAACCUGGAGAGACUCGAUGAGGAUGAUGGCCUGGUAUCGGAGCAGGUCCUUGCGACCCUUCGUGAAUCGUUGAACCGAGAAAUGAAGAUCAAGGAAGGCAGUGAGAAUAUGCUGGAGGCACUGAACACGAAGAAGGCAAAACAGACCAAGGAACAACGGCAGAGGGUGGAGGCAGAGCUCAAUUCUUCAAACCAGAAGAUCAAGGAGCUGAGGAAUCAGAUAACGGAGCUCCAGAGGCCGAAACCACCCACAACACCGACAAGGACGCGCAUGGAUGUUAUUUUUCAAAGCAGUAAUGGGCUACGGUCUCCCCACAGUGCUACGAAGAGUGCGGCUGGGUCGGAAUUUGAUGAGCCAACCGAGUCACCCACAUAUGCCCUCGCUGAGAUUCUACAAGCGCUGGAAGUCGAGGGGCUCACUCCGGAUUACUAUGUUGGCCAUGCCAAUAAUCUAGUCGAGCUUUUCAAACGGCAUCCGACUCUGAAAUACGAUCUGGUUUGGUCAGUCUUUGGCUUGCGGAUGCAGGUGAUGCUUCUGAGCGAGAGCAGAGAAGUUGUUGCUGCUGGAUAUCGAAUGACGAGAUACGCAAUUUCGGAUAUCAGCUCGCUGCAGAAAAUAAGAUCGCUCAAUAUUGAUUAUCUGGUUGUCCUUUCUCUAAUUAAAGAACGAAAAGCCGAUGUUGAACGAGAACAAGCCUUGAAAUUUGUCCGCGCCUUUCUGGAUGUCAAAGACGGGGUCAGUGAGGUGUCAAGGGCUGUUGUGAGGACCAUAGCCUCAGUCGCCGAACACACUGAGGAUCGAUUGAAAGCUAUCUGUAUAGAGACUUUGGCCGAAAUCAUGGUCCGAAACCCGGCCCUUCUCGUGACCUCAGGUGGACUCAGGCCCUUGGCAGAUGCUUUAGGGGAAGGGACGUACGAGGCCUCGGGAAGUCUUACGGCAGCAUUCCUUUUCCUACUGGAUGCACCACAACGCCGGAAAUAUCUCCGCUCGGGUUAUGAACUGGAGGUUCUAUUUACAGCUUUCACAGAUUCUCUGUAUGCCAAGGAGAACAUCUUGAAACAAAAUUCGAAAGCUAUCUCGUAUGCAUUGAAGUCCUGGCCAGGUCUCAUGACUCUGUCGAUGUACAAUUUCAGAGCUAUACGAUCCUUAGUCUCCUGUUUGAUGCUGCCGAACCCCACGAUUCGAGAAACAGUCAUCGAUCUUCUCUACUCGCUGCUCCGGAUCAAAUCUCCAUUUUGGGCACCCUCUUUCUUAGCUGGCCGGCGACUAACAACAUACGGGCGAGUCGCUACUCUCAAAGCUGCGCCGCAGAAGACUGCGCAACCUGUAGAGGAAGAACCUGGGGAGAAGAGUUUCGUAGACCACUACACGGCAUUGUUACUCGCAGUCUUGAUCGCAUCGGAUAUGUUACCAGGUCUUCUACAGGUAACUCGAGACGCCGACAAUUCGAUGCUGAAGCGGAAGACGACACUACUAAUCGGAGAAGUCUUGAAGCUUGCUGAUAGUUUACUACCCUCAACUUGGAGUGCUGAUCUGCAGCUCCUGCCGGAGCUUUUUUCUGCAGCCUCUCACUUUGGAGACAACGAACGAUUUGAUGCGACCGGAACCGUGUACCAAAUCAGCAGUGUUAGUAGGACAUUAUACCGGACAGUACCUGCUGCUGGAGGUAUCUUAGCAAGCUCAAUCAACAGCAGCCAGGACAACCUGGCUAGUCUCGAGGACCAACCGAAGAGCAACCCGAAUGUCACGCUAGAUGAGACCACCUUCCGUCAGCUAUUGGUUGAGACGCAAGUCUUGUCAAGUACGAACCCAACAAAAUGGAAAUGGGACAUCAUCUUGAAGAUCAUUGAGGGCCCAUUGUUGAACGGCAAGCGUCUGGACGAAGCUAUCAAAGCAUCGAAAUUCAUCAAGCGAAUCAUGAGCUUUUACCGGCCAUUCAAGUACAAGUUUGCCGAGGUCAGAAACACUCGAAUUACUCAGAAAUAUGUCAAGGUCGGCUGUGCUCUUAUCCAUACUCUUCUCCAAACUGUGGAGGGUGUCAGGUACCUUGCGGACAACAAGCUACUCAGGCAGAUUGCCGAGUGCCUGGCACAGUGCGAUCCAACUAGCGGAUUGACGGCUCAAUCUCCAAUGUUCUCAAAAGAACGCCUCCAAGAGACCCUUUGUUGCGGAUAUUUUGCAAUGCUGGGGACCAUGAGUGGAGAUUUAAAAGGCUUACAGAUGCUGGAUCGCUGGCGUAUGAUUAAUAUGAUGUAUCACAUCAUAGAUCUCAAACAACGUCCUGAUCUCAUUAAACUUUUGCUUUCGAAUUUCGACUACAGUUUACCAGGUCAUCCAAGAGUUCUACUCUCGAAAGCUCUAACUGCAGGAUCGAAAGAGAUACGCAUCUAUGCAACGAAUGUUCUGAGAAAGUACUCUAGUCGGUCGAGAACAAAUGGGCCGGGUAACCAAGGCGUUGGGGAUUCCAAAUGGGCUAUUCAGCUCCUUGUGACGCAAUUAUACGAUCCGGAAGUGGAAGUUUGUGCAACUGCAAUUAAGAUUCUGGAAGAAGCUUGCAAUCGAAAGAACUACCUAGAGUAUAUCGUUGAGUGCAGGCCUGCACUUGAUCAUCUUGGAGAAAUUGGGGCGCCUUUACUUCUGCGGUUCUUGUCAACUUCCAUUGGAUACCAUUAUCUUGACGGCUUAGACUACAUCAGUAACGAGAUGGACGACUGGUUUCUUGGCCGAAAUGACACAUAUGUUGGUGUGAUCGAGGCAAGCUUAGCGCGCUCUUUUGUUGAGGUCACGGAGGAGACCUCAAAUCGUUUGAGUAUGGAUGUCGACAGCUUUGAAUUGGAAGGCGACAAUGACGCUCAUGUACCACCACACUUUUACAGGGAGUUGACAAGGACAAAAGAGGGUUGCAAGCUUCUCCGUGACAAGGGUCACUUUGAAGAAUUUGCAACGACAAUUCGCGAAUAUGGCAUGCUCUCUGACGAUUCAGAGCUGAUAUUGAAGGUCAAGGGUUGCUUGUGGGCCGUUGGCAAUGUCGGAUCCAUGGAGCUCGGUGCCCCGUUCCUGGAAGAAUGCGACGUGGUCGAGAACAUCGUGAGGAUUGCCGAAUCACAUGAGAUUAUGAGUUUACGAGGGACAGCAUUCUUUGUUUUGGGACUGAUCUCACGCAGCGUUCACGGGCUCGAGAUUCUGUCCGAGUUUGGAUGGGACAGUAACACGACAAAGAUGGGCGUAUCGCUUGGCCUUUGUAUACCACAGAACUUGGGAAAGUUCUUCUCGUUCCAACCGUGGAAGCAUGAGAAAGUCUCCGACAUUGUCAUGACAGAGUCUCAGAAAGCUGCAGCCGAAGCAGCCAAAAUGGAUGAUGAUAUUGUCAAUCAGCGAAUUCUAGAGCUCAUCGUUGAUCUUGGGAAUACAGUGCUCCAGAAGAGAGCAAUGACGGAGCUGAUGCACAUCAAAGCGAAGAAGGUGCCUGGUUUCAAGCAACCGGCUCUUUUCAAAAAGAUCAUGACGCUCUUGGAAUCACAUCACUUCCGUCUCGGAGUUCGACAUUUCGUCGCAGAGCUUUUUGACAGAAGUGUCCUACGACGGAUUGUCUUCGGGGAAGAGAACAGUGAUGACGAGAUGAAUAGUGAUGUCGAUGAUACUGGCAGCGAGGGGAGGACUGAACGCCAACGAAGCAUUAGUGAUCUAUCAGGAACAGCGCCCGAGUCAGGAGUUUAA